UGAGUUGAAGGGGAUUAUGCUUAUAACGGGACAGCAGCCUGACAGACGACUACAAGAGGGUGAGACUAUCUUAUUGCUGUCACUUAGGGGAGACUGUUCGUUUUAUAGAAGCCGGACUGUACCAUUCACAGCGAGAGCAAAGAUCGUCAUCAGCAGGAACAAUGAAGAGUUUUUGGGAUUUCCGCGUGAUUGUUCUGGCACUUGUGAUCCUCUCCUUGUGCACUUAUGGUGACGCCCUGAAGUGCUACACCUGCCCAGUCUUUUCCGACAGCUGUAGCGCCAUCACAUGCGAAGCAAACCAAAACGCCUGUUUAAAGCUGUCUAAGGCUGAUGGUUCACUGCGCCAAUGCUCAAGCAUAAGCCGUUGUGAGAGCAAAUAUAUCAAAGAGGAUUUUCCUGGCAUCACAAACUUUAAAUAUGAAUGCUGCCAGAGCGACCUGUGCAACAGCAGCGUGACCAGCCUGCCCAGUGUGGGUCUUCUCCUCUCUCUGGCCACCGCUCUGCUCCUCGUCUUCUGCCGCUGAGCUCAACUGCCGGAACGGAGUUGUCCCUCGACCCAGUGUUUGAUUCCGGCAUCUUUUAUAACAUGUUCUUGGUUCGUGAAUUCUUUUGCUUCACACUUCUAGUACGCUAGGUUGUGGCGUGUUUGUGAUUUUUGUAACUAGAAACACAGGCUUCCAUAACACAAGGCUUUGCCAAGUCCUACUGCUGUUCCCUAAACGCUGCCUAAAGAAUAAUCGUAGCCCUCUUUAAUGGGACACCAUGCAACUAUGACAAUUCAAGUGUUAUGUCCCCCAAUUAAUUUUUAACUGCAACAUCUAAACUUUGGAAUAUGGCUUCACUCUCUGUACCUGAUCAUAUUAGUGUCUGGCCUAGUAAAUCCCUCUCCCUGACUCUAUGCAGGCGAUUGCUGACCAGUAGUACACUAACCUGGUCCUCUCCUUUAACCCCUUCUAGCACAGGCCAGCGUGUGCUUGCUUUGAUUCACUGGCCACAAGUAUUUCUAUGUAUAGUCAAUAGAGAAACUUGGUGGACAAAGGUUUGUCUAUUGGCAUGAACAUUUUAAACAUAAAACCUUUAUAUAUUUAAAUUGUCACUGAGCUUCACCAAUGAUUUUUUUUUUUUUAUUAGCUGUAUUUUGAUGCCCCCCCCCCCCUUCCCCCGGUGCACAAAUUCUGCCUAGGUUCACCUCCCUACCACCCUCAUGCUCUUAGUUUAAGCACUAAUAUCCACUCAUAUCUCUCACUCCCUACAUGUGGAGGGUAUGUUUGUGUAAUGUAACUGCUCCUUCCCUUGUAGUUAGGUGAGAGAUUCUUUUACAAAGCGUGCAGAUUUUUCCUGGUGCAACCAUAUCGCUCAUGUUUUCCGACCCUGAGUAACUACUUGAGUUAAAGGGCCUUUCCAAAAAGAGAAGGCACUUUAGCUGAAAUAUAAGCAGGGGCGCUCCGCCAAUGAGGCGAGUUGAGGCACUCUCCUCAGGUUGCCAGGGGCGGCAAAAAUGCUGCUCCUGUUAACGAAGAGCCAAAUUUCCGGUUUUCAACUCGGAAAUUCGGCUCUUCUAGUGCUCUCUGCACUAGCGACGUGGAUCCGUCCGGCGCUGAAGGUGUGAGGCGGGGGCAGCAAUAACUAAGGCCUCCUCUGGCGGCAAAUUGGGCAGGAUCGCCACUGAAUAUAAGCCAUCAUCUAUUUUUUUUUUUUUUUUUUUUUUUUAAAUUCAAGUUUAUUGAAAGUAUUUUGCAAAUAACAAGUCAGAAAUUACACCGAUACAUCGCGUAAUAAAAGAAGGGAAAAGAAAGAUCAAAGUGAGGAAAAGAGAGAAAGGAAAGGGAAAGAGUGAGAGGGUUUGAAGACAAAACAGUCCUCCGUACCUGUGAGUAAAAUAGAGUGAAAUUUACUGUGGAGAGCGGAGGUCCAGCAAUAGCACUUGCAAUUCCUUCAGGUAUUGAGAGGGAGUAAAGAAGAGUGGAUAGUAAAACCAGGAAAAGAGAGGGUAAAGAAAAAGAAGCAAAGGUCCAUCUAGUCAAUAAAUGUGCAAAAGGUACACGAGACAUAUCAAUAGCGGAUCCGUAGGGGGGGGUUGCAGCCAGAGCGAGGCAAGUUUCGGUAACGGAUACCUAGCCAUCAUCUUUUUUUAAAGAGACUCCCCACGUACAUGAGGAGGCCCCAGUGCUCUGCCCGAGCCUUCAACACGAGGGAUCGGACAUCAGUGUAUUGUUUGUAGGGUAGGCACUCAAAGAGCAAUCCUCCAGGCAGUUGUAGUAAAAAGGUAUUUAUUGAAGUACAAGUAUGGAUUACAGCCUUGCGUGUUUCGCUUAAUCAUAGGCUCAUGAUUAAGUGCCUAUGAUUACUUGUUGUGAAAACACAAUACGCAAGGCUCUAAUCCAUACUUGUACUUCAAUAAAUACCUUUUUUACUACAACUGCCUGGAGGAUUGCUCUUUGAGUGCCUACCCUACAAACAAUACGGUGAUUCCCAAAUGCUGUGUUUGAUGCACUUAGAGUUUGGUAAGUAGCACCAGUGAGUAUGAGCCCUAAGUCGGCCUGUGAUAUCCCUGGUGUAACAUAAAGACUCCCUGCUCUAUGAUUUAGUUGCUUAACCUGGAUGCAGAACAUUAACCAUUUCCAGAAAAAUGAAUAAUAAUAAUAAUAAUAAUAUAUAUAUAAAGCUGAAUUUUUACUAUUUGUGUAUUUAACCAUGCUUCUUCUAUGGAGUGGCGGCACACGAGGCUGUGCCUGGAUAUAAGGGAACCCACCAGUGGUUAGUGACUGGCAAGAAUUUAUUGCAUUUGGCCAGUGACAUUAAAUAAUUAGAAUCUGUAGAAAAAGCUUUUCUGUUUUGCUAAAUAAAUAUGUUCAGUAACCA